AUGGUUUUAAAGGCGGAAUACACCAAGAGCCCAAGUGCAACCCUCCCCUCCAACAUUCCCUCGUGCAGGUCCUUGUCCUCCAGUGAGGGGUGCGCCAGUGGCCACUCCAGCCUCUUGGAUGGGGAGAUGGCCCAGAACUUACAGGAGAGCAUCAAGCACCGUAUCCUCUACCUCUCAGAGCAGCUGAGAGUGGAGAAGGCCAGUCGGGACGAGAACACUGUGGGCUACCUCAGGCUGGUGUCCAAAGCCGAACGACACCAGGCCUUUCACAUCCGGCAGGCCUUUGAGAAGGUGAACCAGCGUGCCUCUGCCACCAUUGCCCAGAUUGAGCGAAGGCUCCGCCAAUGUCACCAGCAGCUGCAGGAGCUGGAAGAAGGCUGCCAGCCCAAGGGCUUAGUACUGAAGGAAGAAAGCAGCUUGAACAAUUGCCAGCAGCUCAGUGAGAAGGCCCCAUUUUUAGAGCCUCCCAAGCCAGGUGGGAAAGAUUGCUUAUCCACCAACCUGUUUGACAGACACUUCCCAUCAGAGAGUCAUUUUCUGACCUUACAGCAGGGGGCGUCCUCAGAGAUAAAGGGAAACUUGCUAUUGCAGAAGGUGAGGGAAGAGCUCAAAGACAUCGAGAAGUUCCACCUAUGUCUCCAGGUGUCCUAUCAGUGCCUAAAGGGGAGGUAUCUGACAGACCUGCAUGUGUCGCUGGAGUCCCUUCAGGAGGAAAAAUGCAGACAUGCGUUGAUGGAAGAACUGGUGAAUGACCACCUGCAGCGGCACCUGGAUGAAAUUUACUGUCUCAAACAGAAUCUGGCCUAUGCUGAAGAGAAAAUGGCCUAUCUUUCCUAUGAGAAAGCCAAGGAAAUAUGGGAGGUCAUGGAGACUUUCAAGAGUCGUAUAUCCAAGCUUGAAACUCUACAGCAAGUGACUCAAGUGAAGACGACAGAGAACCUCAGGAACUGUUCCCAGAAGUUCAUGUUCCAAUUUCUGAACCUGCUCCUCACACUGGCCACCAUCUUCGUGGUCUUCAUCUCUACUGUGUGCGCCUGCUCCUUUCCGCUGUUGAAUUCACACCUGCGCACAUGCACUGUGCUCAUGCUGAUUGGGGUUGGGGCCCUGGCCUGGCAAAAGUGGCAUGCCAUUCCUGCCAUGGACUGGCAGGUCUGGGUUCCCUCCAGAUGGAGACUGUAUUCCAAGGACUCAAAGCCUCUAUCAGAUGGGCCUUGA